ACGAGGAUGCAACCGCGCAGUGCAUAGUGUCGCCGUGGGAACCGGAGACAGGGCUGGACAGCAGGGGAGAGAGAGCGAGGGAUAGAAAGACAGAAGGAGGCGGAAAAAGUGAGCGAGAGACAGAAGGAGAGAACGAGCCGCAGUCGGUGUUCACUUUUUGGGAUUCUACAUUUUCUUUUUACCGCAUCGUCGUUGGAGUGUAAAUGAAGAGACCGUACCGCGUUAAGACCAGACACUGACGGAGCACCAUGGAGAGUAAAGGCAGCCGCUGCAAGAUCGUGGUGGUCGGAGACACGCAGUGUGGCAAAACAGCACUCUUACAUGUAUUUGCUAAAGAUUCAUACCCUGAGAAUUACGUUCCCACGGUUUUCGAGAACUACACGGCUAGUUUUGAGAUCGACAAACAGCGGAUUGAGCUGAACAUGUGGGACACCUCAGGUUCCUCGUACUAUGACAACGUCCGGCCCCUGGCCUACCCUGACUCAGAUGCCGUGCUCAUCUGCUUCGACAUCAGCCGCCCUGAGACACUGGACAGCGUGCUCAAGAAGUGGCAGGGCGAGACUCAGGAGUUUUGCCCCAACGCCAAAGUCGUCCUGGUGGGCUGCAAGCUGGACAUGCGAACAGACCUGAACACGUUAAGGGAGCUCUCAAAGCAGAGGCUCAUCCCUGUCACUCAUGAGCAGGGCACCACGCUGGCCCGGCAAAUAGGGGCGGUGGCCUAUGCAGAGUGCACCUCCAAGAUGUCGGAGAACAGCGUGCGGGAUGUCUUCCACGUCACCACGCUGGCGUCGGUCACGCGUUUGCACAAUCCCCAGCUGAAGCGCAGUAACUCGCGGCGAGGCCUGAAGCGAGUCUCCCAGCAGCCGGGCCGGACUGAGCUCCUGGACAAUCCUCCAGCCAUGAGGAAGGACCGAGCCAAGAGCUGCAUGCUCAUGUAGAGCGCCCCCGCCAGACUGAACCAGAGAAAUAUAUCUACAGAUUAAAAAAAAAAGAAAUAUUACAAAUGAACUUUAUUUAUUGUUUUAAUCGUUCUUUUUUUUCUUUGCACUGUUGAGGAGAACCUGGAAAGAUAAGGAAUAGGAUGCUCUGGAGAUUUUUUUUGCAGCUUUUUCCGUUGUCAUUUUACUUUCUUUGGGAGGGUAUAGACAGGGUGACAGCAAACCCACAGAACCUAGAGGGCAAUAUUUACAUGAGACUGAUUGUCUUGGGAACAUAUUAACUGUCACUAUGCUUUGCCAUCAGUCAUGGCUACGCUAGCCAGCUGAUAAUGUGCUAAAAUUUUAAGCAUGGAAAGGGAGAAAAUGAGAGAGGAUGAAUUUUGAUGAGAAAGAUACCAGACACUAAUGGAUAACUUGAAGAAGAAAGGAGGAGUGGAGGUGGUUUUGUGGUGGGACAUUUCCUUCUCUGGUAACCUCCUGGAGCCACAGCUGCAGCCUUACAUGUCACUUCCUUUCCUGAGAAGCCAUUUCCUGUGUAGAAUUCAUAAACGAAAAAAUAAAGGCACAGCUGGGUUAAGGAUCAGGAAACAAGGAUUGCGCCUAGAAUAAUGGGAGAGACAAAACUGUGAAAGUCUGAAAUAGUCUUAGACAAUGACUUAAAAAAAUGUUUUGUUCUGUUUUUGUUGAGUUUCGGACAUUGGAGGAUAUGACAUCGGUCAACGUCUCACUAAUUCUCUAAACCACAAGUGCUUUCAAGAUGAAGUCACUUUAUAAAUAUAUAUAUUCAAUUGUUUUUAUU